AUGCAGCUUGAAAAAAUUGAAUUAAGAAAUUUCAAGAGCUAUAGCGGAAACUACACAGUUGGUCCAUUUGAUAAGUUUACGUGUAUCGUAGGGCCAAAUGGAUCAGGUAAGAGCAACAUUCUAGAUGGAAUCACGUUUGCCACGAAUGUGAGCAUAAAUUUCCUAAGGGUGAAACGUGCUGCUGAGUUGGUCUCCAAUGGAUUUACAGAGUGCGAGGUUAAACUACACAUAACAUCCAGCGAGAAGCACAGGGUUUUCUCCAGAUCAUACAGUUGUAUCAAUCAGACAUACACUUACAAAAUUAACGAAAAAGUUGUUCAGAGUGCAAUCUACACAAAAGAACUGGAAAAAAUCAACAUCUUUGCUAAAAUACGCAAUUUCAUAAUUUAUCAGGGCGUAUUGCUGAAUGAGAAUGUAGAUUUGUUCAAUGUGAUUGAGAAAAUUAGCAAUUCUGUAAUGUACAAGGACGAAUAUGAAAAACUUAAGGCAAAUCACCUAGCAUGUUCCAAAUUGCUGCAGCAGAAGCAUGAGAAGAAGAAAGACAUCAUGAAUGACAUGAACGAGAUGAAUGAAGCCAAGGAUAAAGAAAGAAGGUUCCUGAAAAAUAUGCAAGAACAAGAAGAGCUUACGAAGAAAUGCUACGUACUGGAAACAAAAAUCAAGGAGAAUGAGCUUAAAAAGUUGGGUGUUGAAUUUGAUGAUAUUUCAAAGAGAAUGUGCUCACUUAAGGAAGAUUCAGAGUACAAGCGGGUUAAAGAAGAUGUUUCCGAUAUGAAAAAGCAGGUUGCAAAAGAAUACAAGGAAUUUUAUGAAAUUGAUACUGAAAUAAAGUGUAUCAGAGAAGCAGGGAACAAAGAAACAGGUGAAUUAGAAGAAUUGGAAAAGGAGAAGACACUUCUACAAAAAUCAAUAGAAAAACUCAGGUCACCCAUUGAUUAUGAAGAAUACUGUUGCGAUGAAGAAGACAAAAGGCAACAAUUUGAAGAUGAUUUGUUUGUGGCAAUGGAGGAAUACAAUAAAGAAACGGCAGAAGAGCAGAAAGAAGAGUGUAAAUUGACACUGGAUAACUAUGAAAGAAUAAGCAGAAAGGAAGAGUUGCUCAAUGAGAUCAAGAAAUUCAAUGAAAAGAAAAACAAGAUGGAAAAAGAGAACAAAUCUGUGGAACAAAACAACAAACUUAAGAAAGAAGCAAAGAUAAAGAUAGACAAAAUAUUGGAAGAGUUGAGGGAAAAAGCAACACCUGAGGCACUAAAUCAGCUACAGAAAUUGGAAGAAGACAUGAAGAAAAGAGAAUCAGAAUUGAAUCAAUUCACCAAAGAGAUUCUGAUUCACAAAGCGAAGUUCAAUAUCAGCAAAAAUGAGAUAUUUGUAUCAGGUGUAAUAGAAAACCUGAAAGCAAUCAAUGGGGGUGUUUAUGGCAAAAUAUCAAAAUUGAUUCAACCAACACAGGAGUGUUAUGAAGUGCCAGUUUCAGUGCUAAUUGCAAAAUACGACAACACGGUGGUGGUAGAAAAUGAGAAAACUGCUAUAGAAUGCAUUAAUUAUCUCAAGGAAACAAAAUCAUGUAAGUUAACAUUUCUAUGCCUGGAUAGGUUUACAAGCACAGGAUACAGAAAUGGAGCAUAUGGUGAGAUAUGUAUGGAUCCAAUGGAUUGUGUUGCAUAUGAAAACAGAUAUGUUGGGAUAGUAGAACAUAUUUUCAAGGAUAAGGCAAUUAUCACUACAGAAAACAUAGAAGAAUUCCAGAAUAAUUUCAAGGCAAUUUGCACUACAAAUGGAUCAUAUUACCAGCGUUCUGGUCUAAUCACAGGUGGAAGUAACAAAAUCAAUAAGUAUGAAGAGAAUCUUGUAGAAGAACUGUCUGCAAAAAGAACACGAGUCUUGAAUGAAAUCAAGGGAAUUAAGAACAAGAAGGAAUCAUUUACAGGAAUCAACAUCUACAUGGACAAGAUACGUGAAUUAGAGAAGAAAAAGGAAACCUACACUUUUGAAAAAGAGACCAAUAUUGAAAUUGCAAUGGAGAAAGAACUUGAGAGAUUGAAAGUGGUAAAUGAAGAACUAAGCAACUUAAAUGUGCUGUUGCAGGAUUACGAGAUGGCUAAGCAAUUUAUUAGAGAGACAUUUCGAGUCAAAGAGAAAAAGACAUUGGCUCCAAUAUUAAACAAAAUAGGCGUGGAAACGUACGAGGAGUAUAAAGCAAAAAUACAGGAUGAGGAGAAGAGAAUUGAUCUAACAGAGAACCUGAAAAAUAUUGAGACAAAAAUAGCCAAUUUAACAACAAAUGACAAUGACAACGACAAAACAGAGAGUGAAGACAAAUACGUUCAAAUAUUCAAUUUGAAUAAGAAACAAGUGGAAAUACAAAAUAAGUUGGAGCAAUCUAAACAGAUUCUACGAAUGAAGAAUGCGACAUAUACAGAAUCAACCAGAAAAAUUGAUGAUUUGAACAAGAAAAUGAUGAACAACACUCUGACCAGGACAAAAUAUGCAGAAGAAAUCAAGGACCUGAUUGGAUUCUGUGUUCUUGAAACCAAUUUGCAGAAUGAAGAUGAAAUAACUAAUGAAUACAAUAAGAUAGCAAUAACAGGCGUAAACAUCAUCAAUCUGCUCAAUGAUUUAAAAAGCAGUAAGUACAAGGUACAGCAAGAGCUGCAAGCUAAUGUUCCACUGGGUUUGAUGCAGAAUGAUACACUUCAAUCAAAGUAUUUGAAAUUCAAUAGGGAAUAUGAAUUUGCAAAGAAUGCGGCACAACAGGCCAAGGCACACUUUAAUGAAAUAGCUGUGCAUAGAAAAAGGCUAUUUGAUCAGUAUUUUGAGACACUGCAGAGACAAAUCAACAGUGUUUACAAGAAGUUGGCCUAUUCGCUUGAAUUUGAUACUGAAAUUCACGAAGUUGGCAAAGUUGUGUUAGAAGGAGAUCCAUUUGCUGCUAAAAAUGCCAUCAAAUUCUACGUGAUGCCACCUAACAAGGGAUACACUGAAUUCAGGGACUUAAGUGGUGGUGAGAAGUCACUUGCGAUUCUCUCAUUCAUUUUUGCAAUUCAAAAGGUUCCGCCUUUCUACGUUUUGGACGAGGUGGAUACAGCAUUGGACAGGGACAAUGUCCAGAGACUCGCCAAUUUCAUCACAAAUGAAACAAAUGGCGUCGAGGACGAGAAACAGUUUCUGGUGAUCAGUCUCAAGGACUAUUUCUUCAAGAAUGCUGAAUCACUGGUUGGCGUAUACAAGGAUCAGACUGAAAACAGAUCCAAAAUAUUAACAUACAAGUUUGUAUAA